AAGUUAGAAACAGGCAGGAAGGGAGGCUUAGACGGUAGGAGGAACUUCUGUCUGCGAAUAGGCGUGUAAAUGCGUUGUAUAUAUCAGUUAUAUACACACAUAUAUUAUUAAAUACAUAACAGUAUAUUUUAUUUUAGUAUUUAUUUUUUCAGUCUAAAUAAAAGGAAAUGGCGCAGCCGGAUCAGAAGAAGUUUUUUGAAAAUCUCUCCGGUGCAGGGAAAGCCAUAGCAGUGCUGACAAGUGGAGGAGAUGCUCAAGGUAUGAAUGCUGCUGUUCGAGCUGUUGUGCGUGUGGGAAUCUAUGUUGGAGCAAAAGUAUAUUUUAUUCACGAGGGAUACCAGGGUUUGGUGGACGGUGGGGAAAACAUUGAAGAGGCCAAAUGGGAAAGUGUCUCAAGCAUGCUACAAGUGGGUGGGACUGUCAUUGGGAGUGCCCGCUGUAAGGAAUUCCGUACCCAUGAGGGGCGCCGUGCGGCUGCCCAAAACCUGGUGCUGCGUGGGAUCACAAACCUGUGUGUGAUUGGAGGAGAUGGAAGUUUAACUGGAGCAAACCUUUUCCGUGAGGAGUGGAGCGGACUGCUUGACGAGCUUGUUCAACAAGGAAAAAUUAACAGAGAGUCUGCUGAGAAGUACUCCCACCUGAACAUUGUGGGGAUGGUAGGAUCCAUCGACAAUGACUUCUGUGGCACUGAUAUGACUAUUGGUACAGACUCUGCCCUGCAUCGAAUCAUUGAAGUUGUUGAUGCAAUUGUGACUACUGCACAAAGUCACCAAAGGACAUUUGUUUUGGAGGUCAUGGGAAGACACUGCGGAUACCUGGCUCUAGUGAGUGCUUUAGCCUGUGGAGCAGACUGGAUGUUCAUCCCUGAAAUGCCUCCAGCAGAUGGGUGGGAGGAGCAGAUGUGCACCAAACUGUCACAGAAUCGUGCACGAAAAAAAAGGCUUAAUAUCAUUAUUGUCUCGGAAGGGGCGAUUGAUACUUCCAACAAACCUAUUACCUCAGAACACAUAAAGAAUCUUGUUGUUAAAUGUUUGGGAUUCGACACGCGAGUGACAAUACUGGGCCACGUCCAGAGAGGAGGAACCCCGUCUGCUUUUGACAGAAUACUGGCCAGUAGGAUGGGCGUAGAGGCUGUACUUGCCCUGCUGGAAGCAUCAGCUGACACUCCAGCAUGCGUCGUUUCUCUCUGUGGAAACCAAGCGGUCCGACUACCCCUAAUGGAGUGUGUACAGAUGACUCAAGAAGUGCAGAAAGCCAUGGAUGAAAGGAGGUUUGAGGAAGCUGUGCGGCUACGUGGGAGGAGUUUUGAGAACAAUUUAAACACUUACAAGCUACUGGCACACCGGAAACCACAAUCAGAACUUCCAAUUGAUGAUCCCUCAUGUAGAAGUAGCUUCAAUGUGGCUGUCUUGAACGUGGGAGCCCCAGCUGCAGGCAUGAAUGCUGCAGUCCGCUCAGCCGUGAGGGUGGGCAUCACUGAGGGGCACAAGAUAUUUGCUGUGAAUGACGGGUUUGAAGGAUUUGCUAAGGGGCAGAUUAAGGAGAUCAAGUGGGGGGAUGUUGGUGGCUGGACUGGCCAAGGUGGUUCCCUUUUGGGCACAAAACGAACUCUUCCAGCAAAGCACCUGGAGAAAAUCGCAGAGCAAAUGAAAGCAAAUAAAAUAAACGCAUUGCUGGUGAUUGGUGGAUUUGAGGCAUUUGAGUGUUUGCUGCAGUUAACUGAGGCACGUUCCCGCUAUGAGGAGUUUUGCAUCCCCAUGUGUGUGCUGCCUGCUACCAUUAGUAACAAUGUGCCAGGCACCGAUUUAUCUAUUGGUGCUGACACUUCAGUCAAUGCCAUUGUGCAGACCUGUGACCGCAUCAAGCAGUCAGCCAGUGGGACGAAGCGUCGUGUGUUUAUCAUUGAGACAAUGGGUGGAUACUGUGGUUACCUGGCCAGUGUGGGUGGUCUGGCUGCAGGGGCUGAUGCAGCCUAUAUAUUUGAAGAGCCCUUUGAUAUUCGAGACCUUCAGGCUAAUGUGGAGCACUUGACAGCGAAGAUGAAAACAAGCAUCCAGCGAGGUUUGGUGCUGAGAAAUGAGAAUUCCAACGAGAAUUACACAACUGACUUCAUCUAUCAGCUCUAUUCUGAGGAGGGGAAGGGUGUGUUUGACUGCAGGAAGAAUGUUCUUGGUCACAUGCAGCAGGGCGGUGCACCUUCUCCAUUUGACAGAAACUUUGGAACAAAGAUAGCAGCUAAAGCUAUGCUAUGGAUUUCUCGGAAACUCAAAGAGACCUACAGAAAAGAUGAAGGAAGAGUUUUCGCUAAUACUGAUGAUACAGCUUGUCUGUUGGGAAUGCGCCGUCGUGCUUUUGUCUUCCAACCAGUUGUCGACCUCAAGAAUGAGACAGACUUUGUUCACAGAAUUCCGAAAGAGCAAUGGUGGCUGAAACUCCGCCCACUGAUGAAGAUCCUGGCAAAGUACAAGACCAGCUUAGAUGUCUCGGAGUCUGGUCAGCUGGAACAUGUGGUGCGCCAUCGUCGGCCAGAAGAGUCUGAAGGCGUGCCUGCCUAAAUGGAUGGACCACAAGCAUUUAGUUACUUUAGAUCUCUUUUAGCAUCAACUUUGCAGAGCGCUAAAAAAACUAAAUAGCUUUUACAGUUAAUGUACCAGCACUUUAUCCUCCUCAGACCCAAGGGUGCCGUUCAUUUUUUAUUUUUUUUUAUUUUUUUCUUGACCUUAAGCUGUAGGUGAGUUGAAAGGUAAGGGUCACUAAAUUUCUACUUUCACUUUUUGGGGGC